CAUGGCGGAUUAGCUAUGCUGACUGUUUCGGUCACUAAGGCAUGAUGAGCUGAUGAUCACCCGACUGGCCGGUCUGUGACUGAUUUCCUGAAGGUACACCACAUUUGAUGAGAUUGAAGCAUUGCUUUCUUUAGGGAAACAAUAUGUAGAUAAUAAUGUCUACAGUAUCCUUCAGUUUGUUGUUAUUCAGGAUGAUGAAUCGGUGGCUGAUGGUUAUAGGCUAUCCUUGGCAUUUUGGAAGGCAGCAUCAUAUUCAGACUGCAUUACGCAAACUAUCUCUAUGAAUUUAUAUAUUGUGUUUUUUUGCUGUUUGAACAGACUGCUGUUUAUAUUGUAAAGGUGUGACCUAUUGGUCGAAGUACAUGUUCACACCACAACUUCAUUCUAAGUGAUCAUGGAUCUCGUAUGUUAGUUCAUUAUUCAGUGAAAAGUUAGGUUUCAGUUAUUGUUAGAGUUCGUGUUUCGUGGUCUCAAUGGAUUUCUAUGCAUCUGAUCUCAAUUAAGGCCCACCCUGUUCUUAGUUUUUGUUCAUGAUUAUGUUUUAGCUUCAGAGCGUUUCUCUCUUGCACGCGAUAUAGUAGGGAGCUAGGGAUGAUGUUGUAACUUGCCAGAACAGUCAUUCUCAGUUGAGCAUAGAAAAUGACAAGUCUGCUUAUCUAAAAUAAAGUCUAGUAGUGACAGGUUGUUAAUGUAUUAUAUCCUUGACUUGAAUUUAACCGUUCAUUCAACAUUUCUGUUAGCUGGCCCUAGGAUUGAUAAGCACGUUGACCAUAUUGUUCCACCCAAUAAGCACCCUGAACAGCCAUUCAAGUUAGCAUAAGAAGAGCUGAACUUCCAGUACAUCUUCACCAUCUCCUUCCCAAUCUUGCUCUCUGAGGUUCAAGGUCUCUGGAGGUUAUCCCUGCUGCAACUAGUGCCAUGGAUCCCAAACAGAUGGUGCAUAUGAAUCAAGGACAAGAGGAAACUAGCUAUGCUCGCAACUCCAGUAUUCAGAAUGCUGCGCAGAACAGGAUGAAGCCCCUGAUAGAAGCGGCAAUCGUUGAUGUAUGCAGCAACACCAGCACCUUGUCGUGCGGAAAGGUGGUGAUCAUGGACUUGGGCUGCUCCUCUGGUCCAAAUGCGGUGGCAUUGGUGUCAAUCGCCCUUGAGGCCACCCACAGCCACUUUCUUCAGUUGCAGCAGCCACCUCCGGAAGUCUGUGUACUCCUGAAUGAUCUCCCAUACAAUGACUUCAACGUGGUGGUGAAGAGCCUGGUUCCGCUCCGUAAAAUGAACGAGUCUGUUGUUGUAACUGGUGUUGUACCAGGGUCAUUCUACGAGAGGCUCUUCCCUGGUGGAUCCUUGCAUCUUAUCUGCUCAUCCAACAUCCUUAAUUGGCUCUCAAAGGCUCCUCGAGAUUUAAUGAUGAACCAAAUCCCGGCGUACGACAUCGAUGAACAUGUCAGGCGUGAAAGACUCACGGUGGUUGCUGGAGCUUAUGCAAGACAGUUCAGGAAAGAUUUCACACUUUUCUUGGAGCUGAGAGCCAAAGAAUUGGUCCCUAAAGGCAGGAUGAUUGUUUCCCUUGCUGGGAGGCGUUCUGAUGAACUCAUAAACGAAAGCUCUCACGUCUGGGGAACUGUAGCUCAGAUUUUAGCCAUCAUGGCCUUAGAGGGUGCGAUUGACAAAGCAAAGUUUGAUUCUUUCUACAUACCAGCAUAUGGGCCUUCCCUUGAAGAGCUGAGGGAAAUCAUCCAGGAAGAUGGUUCCUUCUCAGUCACCGAGAUGCAGGCGCACGAGCCUACAAGCGGCAUGGACUAUGCAUGCCUCACCCCAAACAUGAUUGCGAAUAGUUUGAGAGCUAUAUAUGAGCCGAUAAUAGACCAACAUUUUGGAUCCUCUGGAGAGGUCAUGGAUGAGUUUGUGAGGACCGCGGAGAAGUAUUUGAGCCUGCAAGGUGGCUCUCAAGUCAAGCAGACCAAAAACCCGAUAGUUAUGCUGGUUGUAUCGCUCACCAAGGCAUGACAUGGCAACUGGCGUGUUAUUGCUUAGCUUGUAUCACUCAUCAAUUCAUAAACUCGAUUGGAUUUUCGAGAGACGAAAAGAAAGAUAUGUUCUG